CACUGUGUCUUUUGAGAAGCCGCCACACUGCCAGCCAUUGAACUAGGGCAGGUCUCGGCGAGGAAGCACGCGUUUAAGUACAACUCUAACGCACUUAUAUAUCAGAUCAGACCCCACAAAAGGGGCCUUACUUAUAUUUUGAAGUAUGGAGAAGAAGUUGAGUGCCAAAAAGAAGGCGAAAUCACAGGUGAAACGUGAAGAAAUGGCGACGAAAGAGGACGAGAACUGUCUUGAAAGCCAGACAUCGAUCGAGACAGCAGAGGAUAGGGAAAAUUCACAACUCAAAUCGAAGAAAAGCCGCAAAAGAAAGAUAUCGUUUGAGGAAGAUGUUAUUGAUGGUUUCCUUAUGGUUUCAUACGCGACUUUAGAAGAUCUAGAGGCUGACGGUCCAUUAAAGCCAGGGGCUAUCUUUUCUAAUAACGACGAACCUACAACACCAACAACGACUUUCACUCCCAUGAAGAAGAGGCGAGAUGUAAAAUCCAAUACGAGGAAGACACUCAAUGGCGUUGAGUCACAGAAGAACAAGAAAGGUGCUACAUUGCCUAGAAAACCCAAAUCUGUCAAGGCGGAGAAGUCAAAGCAAAAAACGAAAAAAACCAAGGAUGAUACUGCAACAAUAACAAAACCGGAAACGCCUCUUGCUAUUAUCACCGAGGAAGAAAAUAAACCAGUCGAGCUGAUUAAGAAUGUCCUUGAGAAACGAGAAUUUUCAGCCACUCAAUCCAUUGACAGCUGCACUGAAGUGAAGCCAGAUAACUUAAUCUCGGUUUCGAACGACAUUGAAAAGUCCAUAGUGGCCGCAGCAACGACAGCAACAACAGCAUCAGAUCUGUUUGUUAGCGAAAAGAUCGUAUCCAAAGUCUCAAUUGUUACAAACAAAGAGUCGACAAAAUGCAAGGAAGAAAUUCAAGCUUCGCACGCCCCUCGAAAGCCUCUGUCUGACUUCAGCAUCAAUGCCAUCCAGAGCAUGCGUGGUUCGUCUGUAAUUUCAACAGUAAGCCAGGAAGGAAGUGCAGCAGGAGCCACAAAGACUCCAUCAACCCCACUUCCAGGGGAAACCCAGACCGAGACAAAAAGUAUUGCAACGAUGACCGCAGAACCGAAACAAGACAAAUCGAUAUCGCCAAUGGAAUUUGUAAUGAGAAAGGAGACUGGGUUCCAAUAUAGCCGAUACGAAGAGACGAAGAUCUCGGCAACGAUGGGACGCUUUUCGCCGGCUAAAUCUUCAUGCAUAGGUAUGGACGAUACCGUCAUCAGAAAGAGUGUCCACCAUCAAAUUGAUCUGACCGGAUCUACAAUAACUGCAACCACGGACAAAUCCCGAAGUGUCAUCUCCGGAUUUAAAGGUCGUGAAAUGGUGCCAAAAGAAGGGCGGAAUCGCUCGCCAAAACUCCAUUCAGAGAACAGGCCGCCAUCUUCGAGCAGUCUCUCUUCGAGUCAGGAAUCCACAAAGCACCAACACCAGCAUCAGCACAUACACCAGCACCAGCAUUCCCACCAACAUCAACAUUUUCAUCCUCCCUACGGCAUGGUUCCCAUGGCACCAUCGUAUUAUGGCGGAAUGCCGUAUCUGCCUCCGGUCCCAGGUUCAACGGCACACAAUCACCUUUCCAAACCAGUUCCGAAACAGGGAAAAUGGUGUUCACUUCACGUUAAAAUUGCUCAUCUUAUAACAAAAGCACAAAAAGAGGAAUCAAAGACUUCUACUUUUGACUUCUUGGGGCCGAAAUUCCAAUCUGUCUUGAAUUGCAAUUCAAGAAGUUCAAAUUUUGUGAAGAGUAAUGACCCCUUCAAGUUUACUGCCCAAAUGUCAAAUACUAGAGGUGAUUUAACUGGCAAUCACAAUGAUUUACAGGUUGAAAGAACGAGUAACAUAACCUCUGAUGGAAUGAUGCCAAAUAGACCUGGUUUGCACGCUUUCCAAGCUGUUCCAUCCCGUGCCAACUAUGAAAGGGACUUCCCCUUUCAUUCCUCUAUGCGUCCUCAUAUGUCAGCAAGCCCGAAAAGCAUUCACUCAACAGGAUUGAUCCGAGGUUCAUUCAGCGGAGAGUCUGAGAGACACCCCUUCCACCACCAAGGAAGACAUCUUCCAUAUUUUCAUGGCCGCGAUGGCCUAGCUAGCAGCCACAAACGACCAGAAUUUGAGCCACCGUUCACCUACGAUGGCCUGAGCCAUCCACUGGGCAGGGCCUACCACAGCUUGUUUGAUCGAGACCGCAGCUCGCCGCCGCAUCUUGAGUCGAUGUAUCACCGAAGAGCUGGAGAAAGAGGCGUGACUGACAUAGAGAAACCAACUCGACUACUACAUCAUGAUCGUAGCAUUUUGAAUAUGACGGUCGACAGAGAAACCCAUCAUGAAGCCGAAAGGCAUCGUCAUACGUCAUUUUUGAAUCGUGAUAAAUCGUCAUACUUUCAGCCUGUCAAAGUUGAUACCCAGUCGUGUCGGUCUUUAACGAGCCACAGCAUGUGUGCAAGCGACUUGACGAGGAAGAUCAGUCCUCGAAGAUUGUCUCCUCUUGGAUCGUCGUUGACUUCGCAGAAGCCCCAUCUCCGUGGUACAGAACUUUUUGACCGAUUUCAUCCCGAUCAUAUGGACCAUCGCAGGUUCUUCGGUACGGAAUCGAGACUUAUCGGAGGGGAAAGUCGCAUCUUCGGACAAGAAAGUCGUUUAUUUUCCACGGACAACCGGCUGAUGGGCACGUCCGAGCCGAGGUUGUUCGGUCCCGAUAAAAGACUACCGACGGGUGAAAGCCGACUGCUUGGAACUGAUGCCCGCAAGGGGCUUCUGCCCUUCGGCCAUGAACCUCCAGUUGGCUCGCAUGCCGGAAUUUUAGGAAAUCUUGGCCGCAUGAGUUCAAAAUACACUUCAUCGUCAUAAUUUGACCUGACUUGGCUAAGAUUGGUUUAACUUUGAUCUGACCGAACCCAGCAACAUCAUGUGAAUGUGCUGGGAACUUGGUGUAAAUUUUAUGCAAAUUUUCAAUUACAUGCAGAUUUCAUUGUUAAAUUUAUUAUUAAUUUUCUAAGAGAAGGGCAAGUAUUCUGGAGCGUGAAUGUACUGGAAUUAUGCUUUCACUUUGAAUUUUGAACAUUGAAUAGUUUACAGAUUUCAUAAAUCUGAUUAUUUGAUUUGAACAUCCAGAAGUAACGUUUUUACAGCGAUGCAAAUCCUUAAAAUUGGUUGCAGGUCUAAUGGUCCCUCAUCAGUACUUAAACUUUAUUUCCAGACCUGCCUGUGCAAUGCAACUCUUGCCUCUACCUUAGUUGACUUCCACCUUAGUUAACUUCCACCUUAGUAAACUUCCACCUUAGUUAAUUUCCACCUUAGUAAUCUUCCACCUUAGUAAACUUCCACCUUAGCAAACUUCCACCUUAGCAAACUUCCACCUUAAUUACUUGCUUCUUGCUGCAACCUGUCAUUAAGUGAAAUUUAAAACCCCAUUGCCAGGGGGAGGACUUUUCUUACGCGAUGCCUAAAGCCGCGAUGCCUAAAGCCGCGUUGCCUUCAUUUUUUGUGUAUCAUAUGCAUUGAACUCACUGCUGAAAAUUACACUUUCAAGGCUGGAUCCUUUGGAUAAAACUGCUCAGAGCACUGACAGAAACCCGAGGAAAAGUCUUAAUAUUACACGUGCUCAUUACCGUCACCCCUACCCUCCCAUUCCUCUUAACCCAAAAUCUUUCACGUUGUUAGAAGUUUGCUUGUCAAUUUAUCGAAAUGUGCACACAAGGCAGAAAGUUAAACAAAUGACAUCUCAAAAAACCUUUCAAAUAAUUCGGCCAAGUAGAAGAAAGCCUGCCCGUUGUUAAUUUAUUGUUACCAAUGGCAGUGUUAUUUUCUUCCAGCUUUAUUUCCAUAAACAAUGUCAAUCAAAGCCAUUGUUUGUAAAACAUGUUUGUUCCAGAUACUUACCAUAAAGAUAUGAUUGCUUAUCGUCACGACAAUGAUUGAGAAUCAAUAGGAUAUAUAUUGUACAUAAAAGUUGUGCAUUGUAAUUAGUUUGUUUCGUAUUGUUAUUACAACGGCAUAUUAAGUGGGUGUUAAUACAAUGUUGUUUAUAAAUUGGCGAGUCAACAGUGCCUUUGAAAU